AUGAUGCACACCAUGUUCACGUUUCUCAGUAGAAAAGUAGAACAAAAACUCAAAGACACAGAAGCAGUGUACAGAGAUGAGUUGAUUAACAGAAAGAAAUCUUCAGAGUCGAGCAAGAAAGUGAAGAAAAGUGUCCGUUUUGCAGAUUCAGAACCUUCCAUUUUUGGAGAACAGAAAAAGGAGAAAGGAAAAGAAACGAUUAGAGUGAAGGUAAAGAUGACAAAGGAAGAAGCUGCACGGUUGCUGUCAAAAUGCAAAGAAGGAGGAGUUCUCGAGUUCAAGGAUGUUGCACGUGAGCUCGAAGAUUCUGUUAAAUUCUGA